AGCAGCGCCAUCGACGGAGACCACUCAGUUGCCCUUGGCCGUCUCCUUGCAGUCGUCCGCUCUAACUGAUCGUGCCAGCCGACGUCGUUGCAACCCAUUCUUCUCAUCGUCCAUCCCGACGUAAGACCGAUCCAAACAAUCGAAAUGGCUGGGAACUUCAGCUACCUCACCCCCGAGCAGCAGGCUGAGCUGCGCGAAACCGCCAACAAGAUCGUUGCCCCUGGGAAAGGUAUUCUCGCCGCUGAUGAGUCCACUGGAACCAUGGGCAAACGUCUGCAGAGUAUCGGCGCGGAGAAUACGGAAGAGCUUCGUCGGAAAUACCGACAAUUGCUGUUCACAUCUGAUAAACUGAUGGACUCCUGCAUCUCCGGCGUAAUCCUCUUCCACGAGACUCUCUAUCAGAAGGCCGAUGAUGGAACCCCCUUCGUGAAGAUCCUCCAAAACAGGGGAAUCAUUCCCGGCAUCAAGGUCGACACCGGUGUUGUUCCCCUCAUGGGCACCAUCGACGAAAGCACCACGCAAGGUCUCGAUGAUCUCGGCAAACGGUGCGCCCAAUACUACAAGGACGGCUGCCGAUUCGCAAAGUGGAGAUGCGUACUCCGCAUUCGCAAGGAUGCCCCCACCGCUCUCGCCGUCCUCGAGAACGCUAACGUUCUCGCAAGGUACGCCACUGAAUGCCAGAAGAACGGCAUUGUGCCUAUCGUCGAGCCGGAGAUCCUUCCCGACGGAGAGCACGACAUCGUAACUUGCCAGAAAGUCACCGAGAAGGUCCUCGCCGCCGUGUACAAGGCACUGAGCGACCACAAUGUCUUCCUUGAAGGAACUCUGCUCAAACCGAACAUGGUAACCCCCGGACAAUCCUGCCCGAAAAAGGCCGAUGCCAUCGAAAUCGCCAAGGCCACCGUGACGGCUCUGCAGCGCACGGUCCCAGUCGCUGUUCCCGGAGUCGUCUUCCUGUCUGGUGGUCAGAGCGAAGAGGAAGCCUCUGUCAACCUUGACGCAAUGAACAAGUUGAACGGCAAGAAGCCCUGGGCUCUCACCUUCUCGUACGGUCGCGCCCUGCAAGCUUCGGCGAUCAAAGCAUGGGGUGGCAAGGACGAAAACUGCAAGGCCGGUCAGGAGGAGUUCCUGAAGCGUGCAAAGGCGAAUUCCGAUGCCUCCCUUGGAAAAUACGCUGGAGGCGUCAAGGGUGCCGCCACCGAAGACACACUCUUCGUCAAGAAUCACCAGUACUAGUCGCAAAAGCGACUAUUCCGCAUCUACUGAGACAUACGACGAGCGGCGAAACAGUCGAACACGAUGACUAUUAUACAAGAAUAUAUCGGAUAGAUUUAGGAAAUUCAAACCUGAACGUCUAUCGAUUCAUCUCGCAUCAGCUCUAGAUCCCGAUUAGAUCAUAUUAAAGAUUAAAUGAUACCGAUUUCAUGGAGUAGCAAUCGCCAAGUCUUUCUCACGACUCGGUGGCUGUGCUGCGAGCUGUCUCUACCCGCGGCACGAAGAGCCGCGUCAGUGGAAUAUCGGAAGCUAUCAUACAAAUCGUGUGAUGUGUCACCGCACAAGCGACCCGAACGAAAUUUCCAGAUUUUAAAAUAUUCAUGUGUACUCUGUUUUCCGAGGACUCGUUGACACGAUCAUCGUUAUCAAAUCACUAUUUAAAUAUCUAUGUUUGUUGAAUAGUGAUGGACAAUAAAAACCGCUAGCGAUUACAUCA